AUGCCUCCCCUUGUUCUCCGCCUGUUCGCCGCAGCUCCGCCCCGCGCUCGCGGUGGCCGCGCCGGGGCGCGUCGGGGCGAUGGCGGGCGCACGCGCCUGCGCCUGCGCGUCAGAGCAGCGGCUGGGGAGGCCGCGCCGCCGCCUUCCAGAACCCAGAUGAUAAUGGAGAAGAUCUCUGCUGGUGAAGAAGUUGGGGGUGCUGGAGGGGCUUACUCAUAUAAUGCAUUGAAAAGAUUGGAUCAAAUAUGGUCUAGUAUUUGUGAAGCUCAAGCAGAUUCCAAAGUCCCUGAAGUUGUUACUCGGGUUGAAGGGCUGCUGGCUGAUUCUAAUCUUGGUUCUGGUUCAGAGAUAUUUGAUGUAAUUGUAUGUGGUGGCACAUUAGGUAUAUUUGUAGCUACUGCUCUCAGUUCUAAAGGCCUUCGGGUUGGAAUUAUCGAAAGAAACAUAAUCAAAGGGAGGGAACAGGAGUGGAAUAUUUCAAGAAAGGAGCUUAUGGAAAUUGUCGAGAUUGGCAUCCUUUCAGAAGAAGACCUUGAACAAAUAAUUUCAAGCAAUUUCAAUCCUAAUAGAUGUGGAUUUGAAGAUAAAGGUGAAAUUUGGGUGGAGAACAUUCUUAAUCUUGGUGUUUCGCCUGCUAAACUUGUUGAGAACAUGAAAGAACGCUUUGUUUCUUCAGGAGGAGCAAUAUUUGAGGGGAAAAGUCUAUCAAGCAUUUAUGUCUAUGAUGAUCUCGCUGUAUUGAAACUGAGUGAUGGUGAUUCCUUGUCUUGCCGACUUGUUGUUGAUGCUAUGGGCAAUUUUUCUCCAAUAGUACGGCAGAUCCGGUCUGGUAGAAAACCAGAUGGAAUGUGCCUUGUUGUCGGUGCUUGCGCUCAUGGAUUUGAAAAAAAUACAACAAGUGAUAUUAUUUUCAGUAGCUCAACAGUAAAAAGAGCUGGGAAUUCAGGAGUACAGCUCUUUUGGGAGGCCUUUCCUGCUGGUUCUGGUCCCAAUGACCGUACUACAUACAUGUUCACCUAUGUUGAUCCAAAAUUUGGAGGCCCAAAGCUAGAAGAACUUUUGGAAGUGUUUUGGGAUCUUAUGCCUGCUUACCAGGAUGUGGUUCUUGAAAAUUUGGAUAUAAGGAGAGUUAUAUUUGGAAUUUUCCCAACUUAUCGGGAUAGCCCCUUGCCAGCUGCAUUUGACCGCAUCUUACAGGUUGGUGAUGCUAGUGGAAUACAGUCACCUGUUUCUUUUGGAGGUUUUGGAAGCUUGACGAGACAUCUUGGUCGUUUGUCUAGUGGUAUAUGUGAAGCAGUUGAAGGAGACUUCCUGGAUGCUCAUAGUUUGCAGCUGCUCAACCCUUACAUGCCAAACUUAAGUGCAUCAUGGUUGUUCCAACGAGCAAUGUCAGUAAGGCCACAUGUCAAUGUUUCACCAACCUUUAUCAAUGAGCUUCUCUUUGCUAAUUUUCAGUCAAUGCAGAAACUAGGGGAUUCAGUCCUUCAGCCAUUUCUACAGGAUGUAAUACAGUUUGGACCUCUUGUGAAAACUUUGGGGCUAGUAAUGCUCACUCGACCACAAAUUUUGCCUUCCAUAUUUAAGCAGGUUGGACUGGGAGUCAUCCUUGAGUGGUCAGGCCAUUUUAUGAUGCUUGGUUACUACACAUUCCUUUCUACCUUUAUUGAUCCGGUCCUGAGGUCUUGGGUGGAAUCCUUGCCCCCAAGGGACAAAUAUCAGUGGAAACGGUACCUGGAAGCUUGGAGAUAUGGAGCCGGUUUAGAUUACCGCCAAGGGGAAUAA